AUGGGUGGCUGGUUGUUUCUUUGUGUGCUCUUGUCCUUGCAAGUUGUUUCAGCAGGAAGCAGUCAAUUGAAGUGCAACCUGGGCUCUAAAAUGUGCAAGGAUGGCUCCGAGUGCAUCAGGUACACCCACGUGUGUGAUGGAGAAAAUGACUGUAAGGACGGGUCGGAUGAAGAGGACUGUGAAGUAAAGUGCAAUGAAGACCAGUUUCUCUGUGCACACGGGAAGAAAUGCAUCGAGCAGAGCCAGGUGUGCGACGGCGUCCCUCAGUGUCAGGACAGCUCAGAUGAACGAGACUGCGUCAAGCGCAUGGACGGCUGCGUCCACCAGUGUGACAACAGGACCCGCUGCAUCCCCAGCAGCUUCCUGUGUGAUGGAGAGACGGACUGCAGGGACGGCAGCGACGAGGCCAACUGUGUGGAAGAAGCCUGCAGCGAAGCGGAGUUCACCUGCAGUGGAGGCCAGUGUGUGUCGACCACGGUGGUCUGCGACGGCCACCCGGACUGCUGGGACGGCUCGGACGAGGAGGGCUGCACCAAAGCGCCGGUCUGCACCACCAAGCACCGCUGUCCUCAGAGCCAGGAGUGUCUGGUGCAGGAGUGGAUCUGCGACGGAGAGCGAGACUGUCAGGACGGCACAGACGAGAAGGAUUGUCCCGUUGCUCCCCUGACCUGUGGAGAUUUCCAGUGGGCCUGUAAAUCCAAGACGGAGUGUGUCCCUCUUGGCUGGAGGUGUGAUCGGAUGAUCGACUGUAGCGAUGGCAGUGACGAAGCAGAGUGUGAUAAGGAGACUUGCCGUUCUCACCAGUUCAAGUGUGGCAGUCAGGAGUGUCUGGAUCCUGUCCAGGUUUGUAACGGCGUCUCCAACUGUGCCGACGGCUCGGACGAGGGCGGCAGCUGCCAGGAACGGUGUACAGAUGCAGACAAGGAGCGCUGCUCCCAGACCUGCUACAGCACACCACAGGGGACGCGAUGUGGCUGUGAAGCAGGCUUCAGGCUCCUGGAGGACAAAGUGACCUGUGAGGACGUUGACGAGUGUGAAGCUGGGAUGCCUGCUGUGUGCGGUCAGCUGUGCACCAACUCUCCAGGCUCGUACCAGUGCGGCUGUCACCCUGGGUUCAUGAUGGAGGAUGGAGCAAGCCAGUGCAAAGUCACAGGUGAGCCCUUCAUGUUGGCCUCGGUUCAGACGGACCUCUACCUGUACGGCCUGCGCAGCGGCAGCCUUGAUGUGCUGUCGUCCUCGGCCAAGAAGGCCAUCCUCUCGGUGGACUACAGCUGGAGGGAGCAGAAGGUCUACUGGGUCAGUCUGGACACCGAAAGCAUCCGGUGGUCCUCACUCGACCAGAAGACCACGGGGACUUUGAUUGGAGAUGUCCGGGCAGAUUCUGUGGCUGUGGACUGGCUUGGAAAAAACCUGUACUGGAUCGACGGGGUGAACAGUCAGAUUGUUGCCGUCAGACUGUCGACAGCCUCGCUGAAGUCAAACGAGCUCUGUAUCAUCCUGGAUGAGGACCUGGAUCAGCCUCGCUCGCUGGCCCUGCUGCCUCAGAAAGGGCUGAUGUUCUGGACAGAGAUCGGUAAUGUAGUGAAGAUUGAGCGAGCUGGGAUGGACGGGUCUGAGAGGAGGGCGGUGGUGAACUCCAGUCUGGGCUGGCCUGGAGGUGUGGCUGUGGACUACAUCUCUGAGAGGCUCUACUGGACCGAUGAGAGGCUGAAGGCCAUUGGAUCAACCACCCUGGAUGGGAAUGACAUCCGGAUCCUGCAGAUGAAGCAGACCACCAAUCCUUUCGCUGUGGCUGUGUUCAACGAUAUGCUCUACUGGUCCGACGCAAAGAUGCGAGUGGUGCAGGCUGCUCACAAAGUCACUGGCAAAAAACGCCAAGUUCUUCUGAAGAGACCCAAACAGCCUUUUGCUGUGAAGAUCAUCCACCCAAUGAUCCAGAUGGGCACCGAGAACCCCUGUUCACGGCUGGACUGCUCCCACCUCUGCGUGUUGGCCCCGGAGCGGCGAGCUGUGUGCAAGUGUCCCGCCGGCCUGCUGCUGGCCGACGACAAGCUGACCUGCUCCAGCCUGGUCAAUUCGGCGUUCCUGCUGCUGCUGUCCCCCUCCACUGCCACACAGAUCUAUCUGCAGUCCCGGCUCACGGCGACUGAUGUGAAGGGCUGGCCGGAGCACUUGGCCCUGCAGCUGCCCGGCGUUAACGAAGCCACCAUCAUGGACUACAGCCUGCGCGACCGAACCCUGUUCCUGACGGACGGCGGCACCUCGUCUCUCGGCUCCUUCAAGCUGAAAGGCUCGGUGCUGGUGUCCCAGGGGCAGCUGCUCAGGCUGCUGGCCGACUCCAUCACCGCCAUGGCCCUCGACUGGGUGGCGCUCAACAUCUACUGGAGCAGCAGCAAGCAGCCGCGCCUGCAGGUCACCUCCGUCGCUCCGGCGCACACCGCCGUCCUGAUCAAGGACGGGAUCGGCCAAGUGGAGUCAAUCGCCGUCCACCCCCUCAGUGGGAGAGUCUGCUUUGCGAACGUGGACACGCAGGCCUCGACGGCGACGGUGGAGUGCGCCAGCAUGGAUGGAGCCGAUCGAAGGAUGGCGUGGAAGGAUGCGGUCCGGCCCACGUCUCUAACCUUCUCCCCCAACGGGGACAAGAUCUACUGGGCAGAUUCUGGCAACAUCUUCUCGGUGUCGAUCGAUGGAUCUGAAUACAAGCAGUUGGUUUCUGCUGAAGGUCUGGCUGCUGUGGCUCUGAGUGACAGCACACUGCUGUGGAUGACAGUUACUGACAAGACUCGGCUCUGGUUUAAGGACGAGCAGCAGCGGCAGAAGUUGUGGUUUGAGGUCGGCACACAGGUGGUCGGCUUGAAGGCCUUCAGCAAGUCCAGUCAGACUGGUUCCAACAAGUGCACAGACAAUGGGAACUGUCAGCACCUGUGCCUCGCCACCCCAAAAGGUCGGACGUGCCGGUGCGCCCACGACCACGUCGCUGUGAACAGCACCCACUGCAUCCCGGAGCGGCGCUGCCCCGCCGACAGCCUCCCGUGUCUGGACGGCCUCUCCUGCCAGCCGGCGGAGAAGUUUUGCGACGGACAUGUGGACUGUCCCGACCACUCAGACGAGAACUGUGUCGGGCCCAAGCAGCCGCCCAGAGCUAAAGCGUCCUCCCCUCGCACCCCCCUCCACCCCUCUUCCUCCCCUCCUCCUCCUCCCGACUCCGAAGCGACGGAAGUCCCCGAAGUGACGGGAGUGGCAGAAGACGACGUUCAGCUCCUGAACCUUGAGGCUCAGCAGUGCAGCCAGAAGCGCUGCGGUGGGAACGGUCACUGCGUGGAGAAGGAGGGCGUCACGGCGUGUGUGUGUUCGCCGGGUUUCAGCGGGGACUCGUGUCAGGGCGGCGCCCUGGACCUCAUGCGGGGUCCCGUCAUCUACGGCGCCGCCGGGCUCUGUGCCGUGGUGGUGAUCAUUGCUGUGAUAGCUGUGGUGGUAAAGAAGAAGAACGCAAGGAACUCUGCUGCUGAAGCAGCGAAGGAAACCAGCAUGACCGACCUGAGAAACAAAGUGGAGACGCUGAGCAGUGUGCAGACCGCCGCAGCAGACCCAGAGAAGCAGGAGGAAGAAGCUUCAGUGCACUGA